AUGCCCUGCAUCUUUUUUGCUCUAUCCUUUUCUGGCCUGACAACUGGACAGUGGCGAGCUCGGUUGUUGCCGCCUGGUCGGUUGAAAAUGGACGCUGAAGGCAAUGAAAUCGGCAAACUGUUCGUCGGCGGCCUGUCGCAGGCGACAAAUGACGAAAGUCUGCGAAAGUACUUUUCGCGAUUCGGCGAAGUGGAAGAGGCGCUGGUGAUGAUGGACAACAAGACGGGCCGAUCGAGAGGUUUCGGCUACGUCAAAUUUGUCAAUCUCGACUCGGCCCUCUUGGCGUUGACCAAGAAGCCGCAUGUCAUCGACAAAAAAGAGGUGGACGCCAAACAGUGCAACGCCAACAUGAAAGGCAGAAAUCGGCGAAGUCUGAAAAUUUUCGUCGGCGGCCUCGGCUUGGACCAGGACGCCGAGUCGAUCCGCCUCUUCUUCUCGCAAUACGGCACCGUGACCGACGUCAACUUGAUGAUGGACGCCAACCGACAACGACAUCGUGGCUUUGCGUUUGUCGGCUUCGAGGAGGAGACGACAGUUCGUCGUCUCAUCCACCAACACUUUGUACAGAUCGGCAACAAACAGGUCGAGAUCAAAGCCAUGGAACCGCCCAUCUUCGGCCGACGACUCUUCUCCGCCGGCCUCGGCAACGCUCCUCUCACCGCCGGCCUGUCGAGUGUGAUGGCCAGCGCCGCAGCGCCGAUGGCCGCGGCCGCCAGUCUCGACUUGCCGCCUCCCGGACCCCCGGGACCCUCGGGUCCAAUGGGCCUUCGCACAGCCUCUCUCGGGGCACCGCUCACCUCGGCACCGUCUGUCGGCAUCGACUACGCCACGUCGGUCGGUGACCUGUUCGUCGGCACACCCGACCCCGCCACCUGCUACCUCAGCCCGGCACCUGCGCAACCUCUCGUCUCGGGCGCCGAUCGCAACGGCCUUGCCGUCUCCGCUCUGUUGGCGACUGAGUUGUCGCCGGGCGGCGAGCAACAGUUGCCGUCCGCCUCACACGCCCUACACCCGACCGGACUGCCUUUCGCCUACUCUCUCACGGCCCGGCAACCGCCCUUUCAGCUCCACCUCCAACCGCCCCCCUACACCCACUAUCCGCCCCUCCCUCCCUACCGCCAGACACCGCCCAUGCAGCAAGCCUACUCUCAGCUCUACCAUAUACCAUGUCAGACCGCCCAGCAACAGCCUUUCUUGCCUGGCAACAGCGGCGUUGGCAACAGUCCCACGACAUGUCUUUCUCUAUUGGCCGGUGCGUCAGCCAAUCGGCACGGCCUGAACUCGGCCACCGGGGGCCUCCUCGUGCCCGGCCCCACGGCACCGCUCCUCCUCGAGCCCUCUUCAGCCUCCCUCUCCUCCACCUCCGCCUCUGCCUCUGCCUCCUCUUCUUCCUCCUCCUCCUCCUCCUCCUCCUCCUCUUCCUCUUCCUCUUCCUCUUCCUCCGCCUCGUCGCCGUCGUCACCGUCGUCGUCGUCGUCUCCUUGUUCCUCGAGUCCGGACGCCUCCGCGACGGCCCCUUUGACCUCCGACCUCCAAGUGGGUCCCUCGGCCACGGGUCAUCGUGUUGGGGGGGCCUCUCGGUCGGCCGGUCUCCCCCCUCCUGCCGCCAGCCUGCUCUACUCGAGCCAACCGCGCGGCUAUCCCGUCGCCUCGACGCCGCCCACCAGAGCCUACGCAUGUCCAGUUUUCCAUCCACUUCUGUUGCCAUGCAUGCCGCCGUCUCUGGCUGCACCGCCGCCACCGCCACUGUCGUUGUCGUCAGCCUCGUCGCCAUGGCCACCGAACGACCGGCCCUAUUGGACUUCAUUUCCGGCCGGUCAGGCGAUGCCUUUGCAGACAGGCGAAUUUCGUUGUCUCGCCAACUCGACCGGCGAGACGGAAUCGACCGGACAAACGUUGACGCCGACGACCAGUUCCACUCCGACGCCGACACCGACACCGACAGCCACACCAACACCGAUAAUGAUGCCAAUGCAAUCGCAGACACACAUGCAAACACACUUACAGAGUCAACCUUUCGGCGGUACAGUUGCCAUGCCACCGGUUGGCGGGCCGGAGGGUGUGGUCACAACAACGUCGCCAUUUCUCUUCUCCUGCAACAACAAUCUGCCAAAUGCCGGUCAAUCGGCUGGCAUUGUUCAGUCGGUCGGUGCAACACGAGCCUUCGCAACUGGCGCCUCUUCGCUGCAUCUGCUGCCGUUGUCCGAUCAGCUGAUCGAUAGUUGCCGAGGCGCUGCCGCCUCCUCUUGCCUGUUGACGCCCAACGUUGGGCCGAUGGGAUUUCUGCGCUCCUCCAAUCCGUUGAUCGGUCUUCCGGCCGGUCGUCUGGAGGCCGACGACACCGGCUCCUCGGCCGUCUGGCCGACGCAAUUGCAUCAUUUCGCCCAGCAACCGACGCGACCACAUCCGGUCAACAUGCCGACGAUGCCGGCGAGUGUGAACCGUCUUCAGGCGAUACAGUCGGGUAUGGAGAAGACGGACGUCAACCAACGGUCACAAUGGCAAGAGGCUUUGCCGAUGACCAACCAACUCGGCCAGACUCACGGAUCCUUCGGCGACGGCUACACAUCGGGCGCGGUAUCCGGUGAGCCGACUGGCCUGCAUGGUUCCAUUUCCACGCUGUUCUGCGGUCCUGAAGACGACCAGAAUGGGCUGAAUCAAGAAAACGGCGCCGGAGACGGCGUAGACAAGGCGAGAACAGUAAGUGUCCAACAGAAAAAAAAGAAUGUUCCAAAGGCUAGGGCCAAUUGUAUAAUCGCAUUUAUUCAAAUAACUUUUAUUUCGAGUAAAGAUGUUUGGUGA